AUGGCUUCCAUCGAUCUCAAUCCUGAUCAAGACUCGUCUGAUCUUAGCAGCUUUCGCUUGCCGCCACCCGAAUCUCUUUCACAAAGCCCUCGACAUCAAUCCUCCAAUGUAGACGCUUCUGAAACCAAUUCUUCAUCUCGUCGCAUUCGAAAUCGAUACAAGUCGGCCUUCACGGAGACUGGACUCGAUGGAUCAGCAGAAACAACAACUUCCAACUUGGAGCACCUUAUAGCCACGAGGCCAGGCUCGCGUGUCAGGUGGCGGAGUCAGGUCGACAUACGUGAAGCUGAGCAGCAGGAAGAAGGAGACAUGAAACCAGAAAUACGGUGCACGAUCCCCACCACCACAUGGCAUCACUACAGGUCAUCGGCAGCAGUGCUCUCACGUCUAUCCCUUUUGGCUGUUGUGCUUGCUAUCAUGAUACCUGUACUCCAUAUGUCCCCAUUGUUUUACGCUGGUACGACUAGCAUCGGCGCAGAAGCUGGCCCUAUUGCUCCUAACCCGGCACGGUAUCUUGAGCGUGCGCCUACACAAUUAUUACCACGACAAGAUAAUCCUGCAGACGCCUGUCUCCGUUGGUCACACCAGUCAGCAGUGGUUAAUGGGACACUAUAUCUAUAUGGCGGUCGGGCGAAAAGGGACUCCAAUCAGGACAGUAACACGUGGAACAACAACUUUCUCGCGGUAGAUCUUAAAACAGGCUGGCAGAUAUCUUCACCUACCAUGGAAAGUCUGCCUCAACCUUCCGGCCCACCUCCAACCUCCAAUGGUUUCCUAUGGAAUUCCGAAGACACGCUGUAUCUCUAUGGCGGCGAAUUUUCUGAUAAUCCGGAAGCAUCUCCCGUUCCAUACAGUCUGUGGUCCUAUGACAUCGCAUCAUCGACAUGGGAAGAACAUCCCGAUCCAAGAACCGUUGACGGUGUUCCGGUGGAGCGCUCCGCCGAAGGAUCGGGUGUCAACAUCCCUCACCUAGGCCGUGGCUUGUAUUUCGGAGGUCAUGUCGAUCACUUCACCACACCUGGCUGGGACAUCAGUGUCUUCCGGGUAUAUCUUCGAUCUCUCCUCGAGUUUACCUUUCCAGGCUACUCCAACCCUGCCGUGAACGACGGCCGACCUGCUGGCGAGGAUGGCAUUUGGCGCAAUCUCACUGACGAUGGAGUGCAAGAUUCUGCCGGGUUUACAGAACGUGCUGAUGGUGUUCUUGUUUACGUGCCUGGCUACAGUGAGCAAGGCAUCCUGCUCGGUCUUGCCGGGGGCACGAACACAUCGUAUACGCAGAUGAAUGUCAUCGAUGUCUAUGAUAUCGCUGAGCAAAAAUGGUACAAACAGGCAACCACCGGCUCCAUCCCUGAAUAUCGAGUCAAUCCGUGCGCAGCUGCCGUGAGUGCGGCAGAUGGAAGUAGCGUUCAGGUUCAUCUUUUUGCCGGGCAGAAACUUCUUCCGUAUGGGAGUCAGGAACAAUACGAUGACAUGUGGAUAUUAAGCAUCCCCAGUUUUACCUGGAUUCAGGUCGAUCAGAGGGACCAACCGGUUCCGCCCGGUCGAUCAGGUCACACCUGCACUAUGUGGAACAGUCAGAUGGUCGUCGUGGGUGGUUACGUGGGAACCGAUCUUUCCUGCGAUUCUCCUGGUGUAUAUGUCUUCAAUACCUCGAGUUUGAAGUGGAACACGAACUAUGCGGCACUGAAAGGUGGCAACGAACUGAACCAGCAAAUAUCUCAAGAACAGGAUCCCAGUGCUCUGCACGGCAGCUACGGAUACACCGUUCCCCAAGCAGUCCAAGAAGUUAUCGGAGGCAACGCAAUGGGAUCUGCCACCGUUACUGCGCCUGCCCAAACCGUCACCGCCGGACCUUUUGCGACAGGAAGGCCAAUCAUCUACACCGUCACCCAAGGUGAUGGCAGCGUGGCUACAGAGACUGUCACACCAGGCGCCGGACCCAAUGGAAGCGGCGGUUCCGGACGCGGCGGACCCAACAUCGCCGCCAUCGUCGCUGGAGUAGUGGCAGGCCUCUUCGCCCUCCUAGCUGGCUACCUCGGAUUCUGCGCCUGGGUCUACCGUCGCCAACUCGCCCUCUACAAGCGUCACGUCGCCAUGUCGCAACGCCAAUCGCUCGGCAUCGCCGCACCCGCCGUCCUUGGCUUAGGACCCGGAAAGGGGAAUGAUUCCCCGCUCGGCAAGUCCAGCCUAGACGCCACCAGUGCCACCAGCAGCAGCAAUGCUCGAAGCGGUGCAGGUGCAGGUGCAGGGAGAGGGGUUGGAGGGUAUCAUGCCGUGCCCACGACGACGAAUACGUUUGCGGGCGGCUUGGACAGGGUGAGCACGAACUCGGUCAACGGUGGCGGGUUGAACACGGCGAGGAGCAGUACGGACGAUCUGAUGGAUGGGCAGGAACCAACCUUCUUGGGCGUCUUGUUGAGUCCGAGGAGGAGUCUGAAGGUCAUCAAUCGUGAUUGA